AGCGGUAUCUGAUGUGAGCAGAUCUCACUUCCCGUACGUUGUGCAACAUGUUUGUUUGUGUGGGUUUUUUUUCUUUUCCAUUGUUUGUUUUCAGAGUGCAGUGACCCGCGGGGUGUUCAGUGAGUGUAUAAAACCUGGACCGCGUCCCGCUCAGUCCAAACAGAAGCAGAAGACCAAGAACAGACAACAUGAAGUUCCUGGUGGGUUCCCUGCUCUUGUGCGCUGUGGUACACCUGGGUCAGUCUUACUGCUUUGGGAAGCAGCUGGAAAUUAAACCCGGUGAAGAGCCUCCUACCCACUGUGUGGACACAGAGGACGGUACAAAACACGCCUGGGGUUCGAAGUGGAGGAACUCUAAGUGCAUGGACUGUACCUGCAAAGCCUGCUGCAAUUUAAUAAAGGGAACCAAUGUUAUAACCAAGGGAGGCAGAGGAAAAGUUAAUGGUUAUGUCUUAACUACUGCGCAAAAAAGGUACAUCACGCCUGUUAAAAUCCCUCCCGACUGUAUGAUGGAGUUUGAUCAGAAGAACUACAGAUACAACGUGUUUAAGAAGAAUGACCGUACCAAGUCCUGCCCGGUUUUAGGAGCUGUUGGGAAAUAGGGCUUUUCCUGCCUGGAGCCGCAGAAGAAAGACUGCAGAGUGCAUUGAGCAUAUUAUAUAUUCCUCUCCAGUCUGUAUGUAGUCAAUAAAGCAUCACACUCAUUCAAACCUGGUCUUUAUUGUAUUCAUAUUAUCUCACGCUGUGGAAUACACCAUGUAACAAUUUUUUUUUUUUUUUGUUCCUGGGUAGUAAGUGUUAUUUCCUA